UAUACCAAAAGGUAUCACAUUAAUUUUAUUCUUUUUUUAGAAAGUAAUAGUAAACGAGAUAUAUUGGGUUGUAAAUACCCCACCGAAGCCUAUAAACAAGUCACCCGGAUGGAUCAAUGGAAAAUUUUGUGUGAUCGACCAAAAUCAUCAUGUCUUCACCUGGACAAAUACGAGCGAUGAUCCUAAAAUCGGACGGAGGAUUUGCACGGAUGAAGGCCACUAGGAAACUAGUGGAGAAUCACGGUGUAUUCGGUCUGAAAGGCUCUGUGUAUGGAUACGAAAAAAACAAAUGUACUAAAGAUCAUCCUUGUCCUCGCUUAGUCACCCUGUAUGCUAAGAUGGGCCUUCAUCGUUACAAUUUGCUCAAGGGUACAAAGUUUCAGCUCAAAUGCGUAGAGGAGUACAUUGUCACAACGGGUUCUGGUGCUCCCUCUUAUUACAUAACUUUGGUUGCAAUUGACGACACAGCUGGUGGUGGUGGAUCUUCUUCGCUUCAAACGUUUCAGAUUCAAGUAUCUCAAGAAAGCAGGGGCCAGUUUAUUCUGACUUGCGAUAUUGCAAGAAUUCGAGGGGAAUCAAGGGAUGAGAACGAAUCGAUGAUCCUUGAUAUUGACUUGCCUGAGUGGCCAGCAGAGAAUCCUUUUGAAAAAUAUUGCCUGGUGAAAUCAGAGCUGCAAGACAAUGAUGACUGGAUUCGUCUUUAUUUGGAACUUGCUCUUGCCAUAAAAGAACCUAGGGGUGUUGGUGUCUUUAACUUGGAGAUUGUGAAAGUGGCUACAGAUGUGGGUGAAGGGAUCAAUGCCAAAAAUGCAACCUUCUACAUAAGGUAUAGUGACUUGUCCAAGGCUGAGGAUUCUGACCGCAUCGCUAUAGUUAGAAGAAGCUUCGAUGAGGAUACCGGAUGCUUCAUCCUUGUGGGUCAGAGUCAUCAAAGUUCAGAUCUUAUACCAAAGAAGCGUAAGAAUGUUGGUGAGGAGUCUGCGGAGAAUAAAAGGAUUAAUACCGGACUUGGAAAUCAAAUCUCUUCACCACCUCUAGCUACCCGUGAGGAUGAUGAAGCGGCAAAUCAGAAGAUUGUCAACUCUGACUCAGGAGUUUCAAUGGAGUAAGACAUUGAGGUGUACAUGGUUCCCAUAGGAUUGCAGAAUCCACAACUCUUACUGAGAAAACGUGAAGGACACAGAGAAAUUCUUCAAGUUGUUAAUAAAAUAUUCUUUCAUUAGUCAAUUAAAUAACCACUUAUAAAUUAUAA